UUAUUCCUUAUCAACAAAGUAAAGUGAAAUUGGCCUAAAGCGAUUUCAGAGAAGAGAAAUCAGUAAACUCCGAGUGUGACUGAGAGAGAGAGAGAGAGAGAGAGCAAAGAGAAAGAAAGCAGUAACCUCCAUAAUCUGACUCCAAAAUGCGAUCCUCUGCCACUCUUCCCUUCACCCUCUUCACUCUCAUCCUCAUCCCCAUCCUCCCCCAUGCCCAGGGGCAUUCACUACUGUCGCCGUUUCCAUCAGCUCUCGAAACCCUCCAGAAACAACUAGGCUACAAUUUCAAGACCAUUAGUCUCCUUCGUCGCGCGAUGACCCACGCUUCAUUCUCCGAGGAGAACAACAAAGCAUUGAGCAUUUUGGGUGCUGCUGUCAUUGAAACAUCUGCUUCUUUUCACUUGAUUUCCAAGGACAUUGAUAUUUCUGCCAAAGAGCUUAACCGUAGAUUGUCCCAGGUCUCCAAUGUGGAAUCUUCCUGUGCUGUUGAUGGAGUGCAUUUGGGCUUGCACAAGGUGGUUCGAGUCUCGCCUAAGACCAAUUCCUCUGCCCCUGCUGUGGUUUGUGGCGCGUUCCGGGCAAUUUUUGGUGCUAUUGCUAUUGAUACUGGGAAAUCGGAUGAUGCCGGUGACAGAUGGUGAGGGAGAACAUGCUGCCCAUGUUGCUGGAUAUGGAGAAAGUAUCAAUGAUAGUGCUCCUAAAAAUUGUGAAAAGAAAACUGAAAGUGUCUGGGAGUGAGCUUUAUGAAGAUGCAGAUAGCAAGUUAUGAAAGGUUGAAACACACGUAGUGGAGAAGCUAGAAAUCAGUCGUCAUAACUUGGCCAAUGCUGAUGAUGGAAUGUUAGGUGAAAUUAAUCGCUUGAAGGCAAUUAAGAUAACUGAUGGGGGGGUCCAACUGCGAGGGUCAUUUUUUACCAAUUGCUGGGUUCAAGGCCCAGGAAAAUCUUGAACCUAAGUUUAAACCUGUUGGCUUUUAGAGGUUCAUUACUUGAUGGUGGAUAUGGCUUAGCUGGGUAUUAUGUGUUAGCAUCAUGUAGGUCCCUUUUUUUGUAUAUCUAUGGGGCCACUGAACUAAGUAUUGUAUUUAAUUAAGUGUGAUGCUGGAUGUCCUAUGUUACAAGUACAUGUAGUGUGGUGAACUUGGUAUUUGUAACCUUUUGAUAAUUGUGACCUGCAGAACUGUAGUUUAAGUAACCCUUUUAUCAAUAUAAGUUGUUGUGUUUGUA